AUGCUUUUAACGACGAUAUUUUGUAUCACAAUCCUACUCAUCCCAAGCACACAAGCAAACACAGAUAGCUUUCUAGGUCUUCUUGAGUCAGAAAAUCUCUAUCACCAAGUUUCAAGUUGCCCAAUCGGCAACUGUAAAUAUACCCAAUCUGAAAUAGAUUCAAGAGGGCAAAGCUGGCCAACAUACUGCUAUUCCUGUACAGAUGGCGAAGAAGAAGUAACCUUCAGAAAAAUGUAUUCCCCUAUGUCAUGAACUUAUUAUACAAGUCAAGCUGAAGGAAAUCCUAAUUACCAAUUUCGAGUAAUCGAACAAAUUGAAAGAUGCAUAGGCAAUAACGUAGAAAUAGAUAAGCAAGGAAAAAGUUGGAAGCUUUGGUGCUAUGAAAAUGGAAGCAAUGUGAAGUUUGAGAUAACAGGAGACGAAAAUAAUUGAACAUAUCUGGAAGAUUAUGAUUCAGGGUAUUCACGAUAUGAGUAUAGGAGAAUUAUAGGUGAAAAUAUGGUAUUUUUAGAAGAGAAAAAUGAAGAUGAGGGAAAUUUAUUUUUAAUGAUUUCUGCUGAUGACGAUGAAGAUCUGAAUACUUAUUUUCUGGAAAAUUCAAGAGAAAAUGUUGAUAGUGAUGAAAUAGUUGGAACUGAUGGAAAUAUAACUAUAGCUCAUGCACCAUUAUUGAUCGCUAUCAUUAAAAUUUAACCGCUGUAAUUGAUUUGAUGUCUUCUGCAUUUUAGACUAGAAUUAUCAUAAAUUAAAUAAAUAUUCAGAGUUAUUAAUUUCAAGUUUUUUUAUUCUUAUUUAUAAUAUUUAUAAUUAAAUUGUUCUUCUCUUCCUCUAUAUGAAAAGCAGCGAUUUUGUGGCAAAAUAGCUUAAGCCCAAACUUCAAAAAUGAUUGGCAAGUGCAAAAUAUGUUGACAAUAAGCAAGCCAAUUUUUAAAUGGCAUUACUAUAAAAUUAUAUUUUAAAUUAGGAUUCUAUUAGUUUGGCAUUGGUGCAUGAAGUUCUUAAAGCCUUAUGUUAAUAUCUAUAUAGUGAAAUUAAAAUGACUAUUUAUCGAACUUCCAAAAUUUUAUUUUCAAUUAUGUGUUUUUAACAGUCAGCUGAAUUUUUAAAAAGUAUUAUCAAAUUAUUUGAACUUGUAUUUGCAAAGUUAGAAGCUAUGGGAAUUACUCUAAAUGAAGUUCUUAAAAUCCUCAUAUAUUUACUAUAAAAUGGCUAUUUAUCAAUUUUCCAAAAUUUUGUUUUCAAUUUGUGUUUUGGUGAAUGGUUAACUUUAAGAAAGUAUUGUCAAGUUAAAUCUGAUGAUUUGAACUUUUAUUUUCAAAGCAAUGACUAUGGAGAAUUGCUGCGCACAAAGUUCUUAUACCAAUUGCCCGAGGAUGGCGCUAUCUUGCGCAUCCUCAGGCAAUUCCUAUAAAGACUUAUAUGAAUUGGCUCAAACAAAAAAAAUAUAUUUUAAUAAUUUAAAAAUUAAUUGUAUAAUAAUGCCAUUUUAAAAAUUGGCUUGCUUAUUUGUCAACACAUUUUACACUUGUCAGCCAUCUUUGACAUGCCACUUUUGGUACCCAAAGUUGGGCUUAAGCCAUUUUGCCAUAAAAUUUCUGCUUUCCAUAUAGAGGAAGAGAAGAUGAUUUAAUUAUAAAUAAUAUAAAAUUAAAAUAAAAUAAGAAAUUUUAUUAACUCUGAAUGUAUAUCUAAAUGAUAAUGGCUAUAUCUAAGAUAUAGAAGACAUCAAAUCAAUUAUAACAGUUAAAUCUUCAAUUAUGGCUAUCAUUAACGAUGCAUGAGCUAUAUAAGUUCUGAUAUAAAUGAUAUUUUAAGCCCAGAUUAUAUUGAAAAUCUAGGUGGCAUUGAAGAAGAAAUUUAUGAAAUGGAUAUGGAAACUAGCCUUCAAAAUGAAGGAAGUGCUAGCAUUUCUGGAAUAUCCGAAGAAGAAGAAGAAGAAAGUGAAAUCUUUGAGGAAAGUUUGAAUAAUAUUAAUGCCACUGCUGGCGAAGAAGAAAGCAUUCCUUUUGAUGAAAAUGAUUUCAAAAAUCAGGACUUUGCAAGCAAAGAAAAUAUUAUAGAAAAUUUUAGCACAAGCUCAUUUGAUCUUGAUGGCAGUUCAGAUGACUUAGAUGAAAGCUCAACUAGCUUUGAUAAGAAUACAGUAGAAACUGAUUUUGAUGAAAGCCUAGUAGACACUCUUAAAAGCUCAACUGAUCAUAAUGAGGCUUCAAUUGACAUUGAUAAAAUUCCAAUUGAGGUCGAUGAAAACCCAGUAAAUAUUGAUGAGGGUCCAAUAACCACUGAUGGAAACUCAACAAUUGAAGCUGGUGAAAACUCAGUAAAAGAUAAUGAAAACUCAGUUUAUCCUUAUGAAAGCUCAGUCAGCAUAGAUGAAAGCUCAGCAAGUAUUGAUGAGAGCUCAGUUAAUAUUGAUAAAAGCUCAGGAAGUAUUGAUAAAAGCUCAGGAAAUAUUGAUGGAAGCUCAGCUGAUAUUAAUGAAAGCUCAAGAAAUAACGAAAACUUACUCCCCCCCUCCGUGAGUGAACAAAAAAUUUUUUUUAAUAGAAAAAUUUUUUAUGGAAAAAAAAUUUGAUAUAUAAGUGAUAAUUAGUAUAAUGAAAUCUCGAGCUAAUUCUGUUUAAUUUUAAACAAAUUGCAUUUUAAAACAUAAAUUUUACAAAUUAAAUUAAUAUUUGCUUCCCAAUUUUUAUAGAAGUGAGAUUUUUUUUAAAUUUCGAAAAAAAACUCUAUAAAAAAUUUAUAUAAGGAUCCCCCCUCAUUUGUCCAAUUUUCUAGUCUUUUAUCAUUAUUCCAUUUUUCUAGUUUUUUUUAUAGGAAAAAAAAAUGUUUUUAGGACCUCAUUUGUGUCCAAUUUUCUAGUCAAAAUUUUGAUAGAAAAAAAAAAAUUUCAGGACCUCAAUUGUCUCAUUUUCUAGUUUUUUUUAAAAUAAAAAACUAAAAUUUAAGACAUUCGAAAAAAUCCAAAAAAGACUAGAAAAUGGGACAAAUCAUUUUUGACUAGAUUUUGGGACAAAUGAGGUCCUGAAAAUUUUUUUUUCUUAUAAAAAAAAGACUAGAAAAUUGGACAAAUAAGGGGGUGGGAUCCUUAUAAAUUUUUUUAAAAAAAAAAUUAACACUCCUCCGUGAGUGAACAAAAUUUUUUUGUUCACUCACGGAGGGGGGGAGGAGUUAGCUAACUUUGAAAAGAGCUCAGUUUUUUCUGGUGAAAAUGUUAAUACUAUUAAUAAUGCCACAACUGGCAAUCAUGAAGAAGAAUUAAUUAACGCUGGAAUAGAAAAUAACGAACAAGAAGAGAUAGAAGAUAAAAGCACUUCUAUUGAUCAAGAGUCAGAAACUUCACCAAUAGCUCCUCAAAAAAAUACUGAUGAUGACGAUGAUAUUGUCUGCUUUGACAACCAAGAACCUCUAGAAGCCUCCAUAUCAAUCCCUAAUGAUGAAGAGUUUGUUUAUACACCUGUCAAGCAAGUUCGUCCUUUUGACAUAAUUCCUCCAGUUUCCCAAAAAGAUACAGACAAUCCUUGCUUCAACCUAGAAAGAGAUAGAUCAGGCAGAUACUUUAUCAAGCAUUACACAGAAAAUAAUACUUCAAUAGAGUAUGAAAAAGACCAAAACGAUAACUAUAUUUGGGACUCUUUAAGUUUAUCACGAGUGCCAAAAGAUAAAUCUCAAGAAAUCGAAGAAAUUGACGUUUCAAAUAUUGAUUUACUGUGCAUUUGUCCACUUUAUGAUAACAAUGGUAAACUAAUAGAACUUGAGCAAGAUCGUAUUCAAAAUGGAAUUUUCUGGGAAGUUAAUUAUGAAGGUGAAAAUAAAAUAAAAUAUUUACCUUCAAUAUCUGAAGAAGAAAAAUCUCAAGGUAUGUAUAUGAUUGAUAACAAUACAGGAUUCAGGCUGAGGAUGUUUCAAUAA